GGGCUUGUUUGGUACCUUAAUUAAAUUGGUUCUACACCAUUAGAAAUAGGACUGAGACGUCAACCGCGCAGGGACUGCCUCAGACAUAGAUGUUCAUGCAUACCUCUGCCUGGAAACUUUCUGCGCGACUCGAGGAAGGAGGGCUCGUGCGCUUGUGCAAUUGGUUGACAAGAGCGCAGUGCGCUGACUGUCCCCUGAACAACUAGAGGCUGACUGCUUAGUCGUUAUGGAUUUAAAUUACCUGUAAACAGUAUCAGCAGGUUUGCCAGGACAUCCUUACACUAUUUCAUCAAUUGCAGGUAGAGCCCACCUGACCCACGACCCAGAUCCAUCAGAAGACCCUCUCACAGAGCCUGGUCAGCAGUCUGGAGAAGCCAUGGAGAGGAAUGAGAGGUCCACCCCCGUCCCUGGCAAAGAGAAAGAGGUGGAUAUCAUCAAUAUCAAGGGCAUCGAGGAUAUAGGCUAUGUUCAGCCGGAUUCCAUACUCCUGAACUGCCUGACACCUGAGGAGAACACAGGAUGUCAGCAUGGCCUGUACUUUCAGGACGGAGAGAGGCGGGUGGACUACAUCCUCACCUACCACAUCAAAAAGCCCAGCAGCUCGCGCUCCAACCGACAGUCCUCCCGCUUCACUGACAACGCCUUUACACGGAGCCUCCGCCGUGGGACAGCCAGGCUGGGACGAGCGCCACCCUCUCAGCCCAGAGGUGACCCGGAGGUGGCCUCCCAAGACCACAGCAUGGACUACCACGUGGACGACAAGCGCCUCCACCGGGAGGAGUUUGAGGGCAACCUGAGGGAUAUGGGCAUGGAGCUGGAGAAGGAUGAGGAUACUAAAACUCCAGGUGUGGGCUUUGUGAAGAUUCAUGCUCCAUGGCAUGUGCUCUGUCGAGAGGCAGAGUUUAUGAAGCUCAAGAUGCCCACGAAAAAAGUAUAUGAAAUGAAGCAGAGUACGGGUGUUGGGGCGAAGAUCAACACAUUGGUAAACAAAGUGACAGAACCUCUCUAUCCCAACGUGGAGGAUAACAGGACACACAAUGUUAAGCAUCUCUCCUACAUGUUCUCCAGGGAAAAACAACACUUGUUUGAUUUAUCAGACAGAGACUCCUUCUUUGAUAGUAAAACAAGAGCUUCAAUAGUUUUUGAAGUAUUGAAACGUACAAAAUGCACAAAGGCUAAGUAUAGUAUGGGGUUCACCAGCCUGCUAGGGAGUGGAGUCUACACAGAUGCCUAUCCACUACAUGAUGGAGAUUUGGAUGGUGAAAACGUUGAGCCCAAUGAUAGGAAGCUCUUGUAUGAGGAGUGGGCGAGUUACAGUGUAUUUUACAAAUACCAGCCUAUCGGGCUAGUAAGGAAGUACUUUGGGGAGAAGAUAGGGCUGUACUUUGCAUGGCUGGGGCUGUACACCCAAAUGCUGAUCCCUGCUUCUCUAGUGGGAGUCAUCGUGUUCCUGUAUGGCUGUGCCACCGUAGACGACAACAUUCCCAGCAUGGAGAUCUGCCACCCCAAGAACAACAUCACCAUGUGCCCGCUGUGUGACAGAGCCUGUAGUUACUGGAAACUGAAGGAAGCCUGCGGGACAGCCCGGGCCAGCCACCUCUUUGACAACCCUGCCACUGUCUUCUUCUCCAUCUUCAUGGCCCUCUGGGCUGCCAUGUUCAUGGAGCACUGGAAGAGAAGACAGAUGCGUCUCAACUAUGAAUGGGAUCUGACAGGCUUCGAGGAGGAGGAGGACCACCCACGAGCUGAGUACGAGCUCCGAGUCAUGCAGAAGUCCCUGAAGAAAGAACACAAGACACAGAAGAACCCUACAGAGAUAGCAGAAGAAACCACAAACAAAUGGAAGCAAACAGUUCAAUCUGCCAUGGCUGGGCUAAAACUGACAGAAAAAGAAAAGCUGACGUGUAAAGACCGGUUACCAGCGUACAUGACCAACGUAGUCAUGAUGCUUUUGAUGAUCGGGGUAACGUUUGCCAUAGUGUUCGGAGUCAUCCUUUACCGGAUAUCCACUAAGACAGCGCUGCACAUGAGCAACAACCCCACCACGCGGUCCAACGUCCGUCUGACGGUCAAAACCACCGCUGCCAUCAUCAACCUGGUGGUCAUUCUGAUCCUAGAUGAGGUGUACGGAGCUGUCGCCCGCUGGCUCACUGUCCUCGAGGUUCCGAAGACAGACAAGAGCUUUGAGGAGAGAUUGAUAUUCAAAACGUUCAUCCUGAAGUUUGUGAAUGCCUUUACCCCCAUCAUAUACAUAGCAUUUUUCAGAGGCAGGCUUGUUGGUCGACCUGGAAGUUAUCUUUAUGUGUUUGAGUCGUAUCGGAUGGAAGAGUGUGCUCAUGGAGGAUGUCUGAUGGAGUUGUGUAUUCAGCUCAGUAUCACCAUGUUGGGAAAGCAACUCAUCCAGAACAAUUUAUUUGAGAUUGGCAUUCCGAAGCUGAAGAAGCUGAUAAGGUACAUCAAGUCCAAGAGAAGGUCCUUCCAGGAAGAGGAGAGAGAGAAGAAGUUACAGCGCUAUGAGACGGACCACUUCCUAGAGCCCUUCGCAGGCCUCACGCCAGAGUACAUGGAGAUGAUAAUCCAGUUUGGGUUUGUGACCCUGUUCGUGGCAUCGUUCCCGCUGGCCCCACUUUUCGCCCUCCUUAACAACAUCAUCGAGAUACGCCUGGAUGCCAAGAAGUUUGUGGCCGAGCUCAGGAGGCCGGUCGCUGCAAGGGCAAAAGACAUUGGAAUAUGGUACAACCUUCUCCGAGCUGUGGCUAAAGUGGCCGUCAUCAUAAAUGCGUUUGUGAUCUCCUUCACGUCAGACUUCAUCCCGAGGCUGGUCUACCAGUACAUGUACAGCCCAGACGGCUCCAUGCACGGCUUCGUCAACCACACCCUGUCCUACUUCAACGUGAGCAACUUCCAGGACGGUAAAGAACCUAUGGACCCACAGCAUCAGGUGGAGAUGUGUAGGUAUAAAGACUACAGGGAGCCCCCAUGGUCCAACACACCCUACGUCAUCUCUAAAGAGUUCUGGGCGGUCCUGGCUGCCAGACUGGCCUUCGUCAUCGUCUUCCAGAAUGUGGUGAUGCUGAUGAGUGACAUCGUGGACUGGCUGAUCCCAGACAUCCCUAAAGACAUCAGCCUUCAGAUCCACAAGGAGAAGAUCCUGAUGGUGGAGCUGUUCAUGAAGGAGGAACAGGGCAAGAUUCAGUUCAUAGACAGCAUGAUACCUUGUGGUGGCAAGGAGAAGCGCAACAACCAUGCCCCUAUAGCCCGCUCACGCUCCAUCCCACACACACACAGUCACACACACGCCAACAACUUCUAGCAGCUACUGUAAGGUGUAGCCUAGCUAGCCAGGCAAAGGGUUACUACUGUCUGUAUCCUUUUCCUUGUCCAGACAUUCCAUAGAAAGGGAGAGGUGCUCCCUACAAGAUGUUGUUGAGACCCAAUGAGGAGAAACAGAAACUGUUCCAGUUCUCAAUGCCUAUCUGUCAAACCUCUCAGUGAAUAACUAGCUAACUAGCUAACUGCCAACAAGUUAACUAACUGCCAACUAGUGGGGUCAUGGGCUUAGAUGUCGCAAAUAUGCCAUUUAGCUAACGCUUUUAUCCAAAGCGACUUACAGUAGUGCAAAUUAUAGCGGACCAUGUUCAAUGAGAGAAAAAAAUAUAUUUUUAUUUUUUUUCCUUUGCAUAAUGCUGUCAAGAAAAUGUAUUUUGUAUCAUGCUUUACAGUGCUGUAUGUCUGGCAUACAAGGUAUUUCUAUGUUUGCCUCUUUUUAAAAGGAUGUAGAUGAUACGUUAUACUUUACUGUUAUGACUCAACCAUGUUCAUGGUGCAAACAAUCACUCUCGGAAUACGCUACAUGUUUUAUUCAUGCUUUGUUCUCAAAAUUAAUAUUUUUUAUUUACAUAUUUUAUUGAUUAUAUUUUCAUCGAUUAAACAUUUAAAAAGUAAUUGGAUAUUAUGAAAUGUAUGUGUGUAGAGCAAAUAAUAUAAUCUUAUUCUUAAAUGGGUGACAUGUUUUUUAUGUCUUUGAUACAAAGAUCUUAAAUGGUAUUAGCUACCAAGCUCAUUAUUAGUUAACAAGCUCACAGUUGAGGGCUGUUUGUGGGCUCCCAUGCUACCAUAGAGUUAAAGCAGUUAUUACAUGGACUGUAUUAUAGCAUAAGAGUCCAAAGGCAAUGUUUAACAGAUACUUCUAAACAUAGUCAAAUAGGUUGAAUGACUUCAGAACAUAAUAAACUCAGCAGUGUUACAAAUAUCCCCUGUUAAAAUGCACAGUUCAGGCCAGUCUAUCCCUGCCAUAAUACAGACUGAUCCUCUAUGACUUCUUUGCUGCUUCAAAGCCAGGCAGGAUAUUCUUUUUGGAACUUUAAAACUGUACUUAAAACUGUAUAAUGUUUACACUUACUUCUGUCUACUGGAAAUACUAAGAAAUAUAAUAUUUCUGGUUCUUUACUUGCCGUUCUUCAGACGACAAGGACACUUUGAUCCUUUUACAUGUCAAACUAAUGUCUUCAUACAAAAGUCAACAUCAUUUCAUAGCAGCAUAUUUUACCGUAUUGAUACCGACUAUGUUGUAAAUGUUUAGGAGAUCUGCCUAUUCUUUUUUGAUGUGACGUUGAAUAAAUAAUGCAUUAAAUUGAAUGUAAACAAUAAAUAUAUGUUGCUGUGGGUA